UUGGCUCCGUCUUUUCCUCCGCGCACUUGGCGGACGUCGGCGGUUGUUCCGUGCUACCGCUGCGGUUGGGCCUUUCCUGUGUGCAGGCUUCCCAGGCCUGGGUUGCGGGUGGCGGGUACGCAGCUGAGGCCCUCCCCGAGCCGGCGCUUGGUGGUGCCAGCCGUCUGCGGACUCACACGGAAAUUUGGUGAAAGCAAGGAACAAGUGAGGAAUAACAAUUUCGAGACAGACUGGAAGAAGAUAUCAGGAAUGGAUUCUCCAGACUAUAUAACAGUAUCUGAUUCAGCUAUGGAAAUUGAAAGUCAAAAUGAUAGCUCUUCCUCUGGUAGCAGCUUAUUUAAAACUCAAUGUGUUCCUUCCUCACCUAAACGGAGGCAAAGAAAUCCUAUUAGGAAAUGUGUUCAAUCACUUGAAAGUGUUCAAGCAAGAGAUUCAUCCAGUGACUCAUCUAUAGAACCAAGACCAUUGACUUUAAAAGCUAUUUUUGAAAGAUUCAAGAAAAAGAAACCAAAGAAACGUAAAAAGAGGAAAUAUAAGCCAACAGGAAGACCAAAGGGAAGACCAAAAGGAAGGAAAAACAGUAGGUCACAAAUAAGUAAGAAACAACUUAAAGUUACAAGACCUCAGUUCCCAUUUGUAGAGUCAGAGAAUGGAAGAAAACCAUUACCUUGGAGAAAAAUUUUAACCUUUGAGCAAGCCGUGGCAAGAGGAUUUUUCAACUACCUUGAAAAACUGAAGUAUGAAUACCACCUUAAGGAAUCCUUAAAUCAGAUGAAUGUUGGUGAAGAUUUAGAAAAAGAAGACCUUGAUAGUCGUAGAUAUAAAUACUUGGAUGACGAUGGAUCGAUCUCUCCUAUUGAAGAGUCAGUAGAAGAGGAUGAGGUUGCUACAAAUCUUGAACGUGAUGAUGAAUGUGAUAUCAAAUUGGUGGAGAAUAAUUAUUUCAUAGUAAGUUCUGAAUUACCAAAGAAGAUGAAUGUAUAUUUAGAGCAAGAACAUACUGAAGACGCUGCUUUGUCUAAAAAGAGUAUAAAGUCAAAAAAAACAUUGGACAGAAGACAGAAUGACCUGAAAAGGAGAUAGGAAUAUGAAUGUCAAGGAGUGAAGAUUUGCACUUACUCAUGGUUAGCGGGUGUCUGAAAUGAAAAAAAACAGGCAGAUCCAUCUGCUCAGACCCUAACCAUGACAGACUGAAAUGACAUCAGGAUUGAGCAUAAAAGGGAGUAAGAUGAUUAAGACGCAAACUCAGGAGGAACUAAGGCAGUGGAAGAACUAAGAACAUCUGAAAUUCCUUAAAUAAAUAAAAGUUUAUUAACUUUAAAUAAUUGUGCCUAUGUUACAAAUAAUAAAAGCCCUAUAUACUUUUUGUAGAAAGUCAGCAUGUAUUUUUGGCUCGAAGUUUCUCUAGUGUUUUCUGUGGAGGGAAUAAAAGUAAAAUUUAGUUUCAA